UUUUACGUACCGAUCGACCAGAAGAAAAGGUGGCUCCGCUCCUCCAUGACGAGAGCCCACCGUGGCCGGUGACCUCCAUCGACGGACUUUGAGUAAGGGGAGAGUUGCAGCGUAACGGAAGGCGAAGAGAAGAAGGAAUAAGCUCGUUGAGAUCGGAAAUUGCACGUAUCUUUUGGUUUUAUCAAUAGGCGGUUAAGUAUGAGCUUCCUCUUUGGCAGCCGGAAAACUCCUGCAGAGCUUUUGCGGGAGAACAAGAGGAUGCUUGAUAAGUCCAUAAGAGAAAUUGAACGGGAAAGACAAGGCUUACAGUCUCAGGAAAAGAAGUUGAUUGUCGAGAUAAAGAAAAAUGCUAAACAAGGACAGAUGGGAGCAGUUAAAAUAAUGGCCAAAGAUCUCAUCAGGACACGACAUCAGAUUGAAAAAUUUUAUAAACUAAAAUCACAGCUACAGGGCGUGGCUUUGAGAAUUCAGACGUUGAAAUCAACUCAAGCUAUGGGAGAAGCCAUGAAAGGCGUUACUAAGGCGAUGGGCCAAAUGAAUAGGCAGAUGAACUUGCCGGCAUUACAGAAGAUAAUGCAAGAGUUUGAGAGGCAGAAUGAAAGGAUGGAAAUGACAUCUGAAGUAAUGGCAGACGUUCUUGAUGAUGCUUUAGAAGGAGAUGAAGAAGAGGAGGAGACAGUCGAGCUUGUGAAUCAGGUGCUUGAUGAGAUUGGAAUUGAUAUCAACUCAGAGCUUGUGAAUGCACCCUCAGCUUCUGUGUCAGUUUCAACUGCUAAUAAUAGGGUUGCCCAAGCAGAAGCCGAAGAUACUGGAAUUGACAGUGAUUUACAGGCUAGGCUGGAUAACUUGAGAAAAAUGUAGGUUUUUCUAUUAUGCGAAAUUAAUAACUCUCAGAUAAUAGACAUAAUAAAUCAUGUAUUGUUUAUAGUUGAACUCUAUGUAUUUGAAUACUACAUUGACAAGUUUGAUCUCUUGUUUGGAGAAGAGAAUGAAUUUAGCACUUGGGAUUAGGUAA